UCACUACACUAGAAUAAAUUGCCAACUGUUUUACCUGCACCACGCUACAACUUCCCAUUUUUCCAAUAAAGUAUUUAAUAUUACGGCGAAAUCGCGGCCAAGAAUUGAAGAAUCUCAAUCAACUCAUUCCAAGAUUGGGCACUACAAUAAGGGGAAGGGAUCCAAGACGGAAUGUCAUUCACUUUUUUCCUUGAUUAACCUGAAGAAGCUUGUUCACUUUUGCUAAUCUGAAGUCGGAGCAGCAAUGCUGGAAUUUCGGGUGCUCUUACUCUUGACUGCCUUAUUAUUUGCCCCGAAGCCUUCUCUUGCUCGAGCACCAUAUGCAUUGCGAAUAAGCUGCGGAGCUCGUGAUGAUGUUUAUACUUCUCCAACAAAUACUCACUGGUACAAGGAUUUUGCAUACACCGGAGGCAUUCCUGCUAAUGCGACCAUCCCUAGUUUCAUCUCUCCUCCACUCAAAACACUCCGAUAUUUUCCUUUGUCUGAGGGUACUGAAAACUGCUACAACAUAAAGAAAGUUCCCCGUGGCCAUUAUCUUGUAAGGAUCUUCUUCGGAUUGCUUGCAGAACCUAGCUUUGACAAUGAACCUUUGUUCGAUGUCUCAAUUGAGGGAACCUUGGUUUAUUCACUUCCAUCUGGUUGGAGCAACCAUGAUGAUGAGCGUGCAUUUGUUGAAGGCCUCAUUUUUCUAAAAGAUGGAACAUCGACUCUUUGCUUCCAUAGCACUGGACAUGGAGAUCCAGCUAUACUAUCCAUUGAAAUUCUUCAGAUAGAUAAUAGGGCUUAUUAUUUUGGCGGUGGCUAUGGUCAAGGAACUAUUCUCAGAACCGACAGGCGACUUAAUUGUGGUGCUGAGAAACCAAAGUUUGGUGCUGAUUACAGUGCAGACCGGUGGGGCGGUGACCGAUUUUGGAAUUUCCUCCCAACAUUUGGUGAGAAUUCUGAUAAGGUCAUAUCUACUCAGAAAAGCAUCAAACAGAGCUCGCAGUCGCCCAACUUUUAUCCAGAAGCUCUCUAUCAAAACGCUCUCAUCAGUACUGAUACGCAACCUGAUUUGAUGUACACAAUGGAGGUUGAACCUACUAGGAAUUAUUCCAUUUGGUUGCAUUUUGCUGAAAUAGAUCCUUCAGUCACUGAAGCAGGACAGAGGGUGUUUGAUGUCCUGAUCAAUGGUGACAUUGCAUUUCGAGAUGUUGACAUUUUUAGUAUGUCUGGGGGCAUAAAUAGCGCGCUUGUCUUGAACAAAACAUAUGCUGUCAGUGGGAGGAGUUUGACCAUAACUUUGCAUCCUACAAAAGGAAAUUAUGCUUUAAUCUGUGCUAUAGAGCUUUUGGAGCUUGUUUUAGCUGAAUCCAAAACGCUGCCAGCUGAGAUUGAGGCUUUGCAAAAGUUGAAGGGCGCUCUUGGUCUUCCUCUCCGUUUAGGGUGGAAUGGUGAUCCUUGUGUUCCCGAACAGCAUCCAUGGAGUGGAGUGGACUGUCAGUAUAACAGAAGUAUCAGUAAACAUGUUAUUGAUGGGCUAAUUCUUGACAAUCAGGGUUUGAGGGGUUUCUUACCAAAUGAUAUAUCUCAUCUUCGCCAUCUCCAGAGCAUAAAUUUAAGUGGGAACAGCAUUUCUGGGGGCAUUCCCUCUUCACUUGGAUCAAUUCCUACACUGGAGAUUCUCGAUCUAUCAUUCAACUCUUUCAAUGGAUCCAUCCCUGAAAGUCUUGGACAGCUAACGUCACUACGGAUACUCGACCUGAACGGCAACUCCUUAUCAGGAAAAGUUCCAGCUGCACUCGGGGGAAGGCUCUUGCAUGGAGCUAGCUUCAACUUUACUGAUAACUCAGGCCUUUGUGGCAUCCCUGGAUUAGCAACAUGCGGGCCACAUCUUUCCGUUGGUGCUAAAAUUGGCAUCGGGCUGGCAUCCCUUGUGGCCCUUGUACUGAUAGCGACUUGCUUGACAUGUUGGUGGAAAAGGCGGCAAAAUAUUCUUCGUUCUCAGAGAAUCGCAUCGAGACCUGCGCCAUAUGCAAAAGCGAGGACACAUUUCAAUCGCGAUGUCCAAAUGACAAGACAUCAAAGCCAAGAACAUGCCAAGACAGCAGCUGAGAACGGGCCGAGCUUGCUGGCAUAACUGACCAGCAACGAGACAUAUGUACGCAUUAGUUCAUGUACGAUUUUGUGAAUAUGCAGAAGCCUUCCCAUGCUACAACAUCAAAUCAUACGUCUUACUUUGAGAAAGAGCUCGGAAGAGCUCAAUGCAGUUUGCAGUCUGUGGAAGAGAAGUGAUCAAUCUUCAUGGAGCAACUCGGUAGAUUACUGUAGUUUAUGAUAAUGAUAUGCAGUUAUAUUUAUAUUUAUAUCUCUGACCAAAUCAACAAUAUUGGUAACUUGCUACAGUCAAACAACAUACUUGAUAUAUUGGGAAAGCAUUGAAGUAACCUUGAACUUAUCUAGUUAA